CCCUCCGGCCCCGGGACGGCAGCGGCGGGCGCGGGCGGUGCUUCCCGGUCUCUGACGCGAGCGUCAUGGCGGCGCGGCAGCUGGUGCUGCGGAGGGCGGCGGCGGCGGCGCGCUGGCGGCGGGGCUACAGCAGCGCGGGCGCUGCCGAGUUCCUGCACCGCAGCAUCGUGCCCACCAUGCACUACCAGAAGAGCCUGCCCAGACUGCCAGUUCCCAAACUAGAAGAUACAAUUAGGAGAUACCUAAAUGCCCAGAAACCGCUUUUAAAUGAUGACCAGUUCAGGAAAACUGAAGAACUUGCACAUCAAUUUGAAAAGGGAAUUGGAAGAGAGCUGCAUGAGCAACUGGUUGCUCAAGACAAUCAGAACAAGCAUACAAGUUACAUCACAGGUCCCUGGUUUGACAUGUACCUAAAAGCACGUGAACCUGUUGUUCUGAAUUUUAAUGCGUUUAUGUCUUUUAAUCCUGAUCCAAAAUCUGAAUAUAAUGAUCAGCUCAUACGAGCUACGAACAUGACUGUUUCUGCUAUACGUUUUAUGAAGACCUUCAGGGCUGGUUAUCUUGAACCGGAGGUUUUUCACCUCAAUCCAGAAAAAAGUGACACUGAGAUGUUUAAAAAAAUUAUCCGAUUUGUGCCUUCUUCAAUUUCUUGGUUUGGUGCCUACAUGGUCAAUGCAUACCCCCUAGAUAUGUCUCAGUACUUCAGGCUUUUCAAUUCUACACGUGUGCCUAAACUCGACAGAGAUGAGCUUUACACAGAUGAAAACGCAAAACAUUUACUGGUACUGAGAAAUGGGAAUUUUUAUAUAUUUGAUGUUAUUGAUAGAGAUGGAAAUAUGUUGAAACCUUCAGAAAUACAAGCACACUUGAAAUACAUCCUUAGUGACAACAGUCCAGCCCCGGCCUUUCCUCUUGGCUACCUCUCCAGUGAAAACCGGGAUACGUGGGCAUUGCUGAGAAAGAAUCUACUGGAUAAUGGCAACGAAGAAGCUCUUCAAAAAGUAGACUCUGCUGUGUUUUGUUUAAGUUUAGAUGAUUUUUCCGUCAAAGACUUUGUGCACUUGUCCCACACCAUGUUGCAUGGAGAUGGUGCUAACCGCUGGUAUGACAAAUCCUUUAAUCUUAUCAUAACUAAGGAUGGCACUGCAGGAGUUAACUUUGAACAUUCCUGGGGAGAUGGUGUGGCUGUGCUCAGGUUCCAGAAUGAGGUUUUUAAGGAUAGCACCAAGGCCCCAGCCAUCAGCCCCCAGUCCCAGCCUGCUUCAGUAGACUCUUCUAGAGCCGUGCAGAAACUUGACUUUAAGCUGAAUGAUGCCUUAAAAGCAGGAAUUACCAAAGCCAAACAGAAAUUUGAUGCCAGUGUGGAGUCACUGUCUCUUAAUCUGAUUCAGUUCCAUGACGGGGGCAAGGAGUUUCUGAAGCAGAAGAAGGUAAGCCCAGAUGCGGUGGCUCAGCUUGCCUUCCAGAUGGCUUUCCUGCGACAAUACAACCAGACUGUUGCUACAUAUGAGUCUUGUAGUACUGCAGCUUUCAAACACGGUCGUACAGAAACUAUACGUCCUGCCUCUAUCCAUACAAAGAAAUGUUCAGAAGCUUUUGUCAGGGAACCGUCCAAACAUAGCACAGAAGAGCUUCAGAAGUUGAUAGAGGAGUGCUCAAAAUACCAUGGCCGUUUGACAAAAGAAGCUGCUAUGGGUCAGGGAUUUGACCGACAUCUCUUUGGCUUGCGCUAUUUAGCCUCAUCCAAAGGUGCCACACUGCCUGAUUUCUAUCAAGACCAAGCAUAUGCUCGGCUUAAUCACAACAUAAUUUCUACAAGCACGUUGAUUAGCCCCGCCGUGCAGUUAGGGGGGUUUGGCCCGGUGGUGUCUGAUGGCUUUGGAGUAGGAUAUCAGGUACACGAUGAUUUCGUAGGUUGUAAUGUUUCCUCUUACCCAACUAGGAAUGGUAAAGAGUUCCUUCAGUGUAUACACAAGUCACUAGAAGAUAUCUUUAAUGUUUUAAAGGGCAAGAAAAUCAGUAGUUAAGACUUAAAGAUAUUGGAGCACUUUACAUUUGCAGUACAAAAUGCAGACUCUGCCUAAUUGGCUACAAAUCAGUGUUCAAUGUGUCUGAGACUGCCCAGCUUAAUUGGCUUCAUUUAUCUUCACUGAACUUGAAUACUGCUAGAUUCUAUUAAAUUUGUAUCUAUUUUAAAGAAAUCAAGUACAGACUUUGAAUGCACAUUUCAGGAAUUGACAAUGUCAAAAUUAAGUAGCAGAUCCAUCUGUUCCAACAGCUCACAUGUUCUUAAACAUCGUUAUUUAAAAUACAAAGCAGUUACUGUGUUUAUGAACUUGAAAUGUCUGUGUUCCAUGAGUGUUCAGACAGACAACAGCACUGUGAUACCACUCUUAAACUGUUAGCUUUUAAAGAAAUAUAUGCAAUAAUUUUAAAUAUGAAGGAGUGGUUACAUUUGCACUCUUGCAGUAAGUUGCAGUAAGUAAGUAGCUUGUCACACUUUCCUCUUUACACUUGAAUUGAUAUUGGAAAUGAGUGUGCCUCAACUGCUUGAAGCCUUUCCACUGUAACAGCUUUUUGAGAAACAGAAAAUGAAGUGGGAGGCUUUCAGUAACCUGAAAUCACCGUGUUGUUAAAUUGAUUGGAAGAGAGACUAUUGUAAUAAAACUAUAUUAAUAACUGCAAAGUUCCUUUAUUGCCAUAUCAAAAUUGUACAGUAUGGGUAGUCCCUUUAUCAAUAGCUCAUUUCUUAAAAAGGUUGAAAACAAUACUACUGAAAACAUGUUGCAGUGUUGGCUCUCCCUUUCCAUACGUCAAGUCUGUCCAACAAUCAGCUUUUGUUUUGCUACAUAAACCUGUGCUCUUGUGCCUUAAAAAAGAAAAAAACACUUCUCUUUUUUGAUUUUAUCUUCCCAAGUGUCUUCUUACUGUGGAAAAGUAACCUCAAUGGUGUGUUUUCCUGUUUCCUUCUAGAACUUUGGAUGUCAUUUAUUGUAGCAAAUGCCAGUCCUAGGGUGUAGAGCUGUGUCAUUAACGUAUUAGGGCUUGUUGCAGCAGUUCUAAAGGAUUGCAGGAGAGCUUAAGCAGAGACAUCAGUGAAACUUGGUGAUGCUGUGGGUGUGAGGUGAAGCUGAUGCAGACAGCUCCUUGUGUGCUGUUCACAACUGGAACUCUGCCAGCUACAAAAGGGGAAGGAGCCUUUGUCUGGCAAGACACCAAAGGUGCUCAGAGUUGCUGCGAUUCCAACAGAGAUGCCCUUUUUGCACAGAAUUUGCUACGUACGGUAUGUGUAACCUGAACUCCUCUGCCUUCUAAACCCCGAUGUUUUCCACCCUGUUUUUCUUCUGGGAAGAUGAGUUUUUCUCUGGAGCUGAACAGCACAGCAGCACUUGCUUCUGCAGCUCCAUGUAAAACUAAUGCAGCUCAUGUCUGUCAGCACAGCCCACCAUGACCUUGGCAACCAAAUAUAUCAGCAGAAUGUAAAAGUCCGAGCAUGUUGCUUGGAUGUGACAAAUGAGGUUCAGAAACCUACUUGCCUUUACUCAUCCUCUGGAUAUCUUACCUGCCAGGUUCUCCCAGUGUCUUUUUUGUCACAGUAAGUAUAAGCAAUACCCUAUCUUGAAGUGUGAACUGCAAGUGCUAGGAAAGGGAGAGGCAUGCUUUAAAUAUGUAAGCCCAAUGGCUUAUAAACUUUUUGUAGUCAGGGCUGCUUCCUCUGCAACCUGUAAUGUGCGUUCUAUUUUUCAGCUGGAAAGGAUUAUUGAAAAAAGUACUUUAAAACAUACCACAAUCUUGCUUAUUUAAACAAAGAAAGGACACAGAUCAUUUGUGGGGGAUGAAGCAAAUAAUAUAUUGGGAAACAAUAAUUAGACUAAAAGCCUUUGAAUUUAAUUCACUAAAGAAAGUUUUGGGGUUUGUGUUUAUGAUUGGUUUUGUUGUAUUUUUCUGUUUGUUUUUUAACAUGAGAACAGCUGGCAAGAUUGUGAGCACAGUUGCCAAGUAGAGAGUCUUGUCUUUAACUAGAAAUGAGUGAGGUUUACUUAAUGACACACUCAGAUUUUCAGAAGAUGUAACAGCUAUGUGUGUCAAUAGCAGUAAAGCUUAUUAAGUGUUCUCAGUAAACUCACCUCAGUGUCUUUACCUGAACUGGCAGAAAGCUAUUAAAGAUGUACCUUUUCACUUGAA